AUGACACCAACCACCCCCAUCCCAAUCGUGGACUCCCAUAUCCACCUCUUCCCAGCGACGCACCUAAAAACCCUAUCCUGGCACAAUGCCACCAACCCACUAGGUACCCAACACAGCGUAGACGAAUACCGCCUCGCAACAACACAGGCCAACGCUCGCCCCCUCCUCCGAGGCUUCAUCUUCCUCGAAACAGACCGCCUCUCCUCCACCACCGACUCAACCCCACCCAACCACGGCUGGAAACAUGCCUUGGACGAAGUCUCCCUCCUAACACGCAUAGCCCUCGGCACGCCCAUCCCAGGCGAGGGCCAUGUCCCGCACGACAAGGAGCUGUGUCUGGGGAUUGUGCCGUGGGCGCCUGUGCCCGGUGGACCGGAUGUGCUGAAAGCGUACAUGGAGCAGGUGCGUGGCCGCACGGGGGAGGAGGUUUGGGGGAAGGUCAGAGGGGUUAGGUAUCUGGUGCAGGAUAAGGUUGCGGGGACAAUGCUUGGAGAUGGGUUUAUUGCGGGGUUGAGGUGGUUGGGGAGGGAGGGGUUCGUGUUUGACCUGGGGGUUGAUGCAAGGACUGGGGGACUGGGGCAGUUGAGGGAGGCAGUUGAGAUGAUGGGAUUGGUGUCUGGGAGCUUGGAGGGGAAUCGAGUGGUUACGAUUGUUAUUAAUCAUUUGUGCAAGCCUAACCUUCGUUUGGUGAAUGAUGUUCGGUCUCAUCCGGAGUUCCUUGAGUGGAAGGACCUUGUGACUAAGAUGGCGAGGGCUAAUUCCAGGACUUAUAUGAAGCUUUCUGGGGCUUUUUCUGAGCUUCGACCGUUAGAGGCAGAGUCGGAACCGGAUUUGGAGGAAAUCAUUGAACGGCUGCAGUCAUGGACUGAUGUGGUUUUUGACGCUUUCGGAGCAGACCGUGUUAUGUUUGGAUCGGACUGGCCAGUGUGCAAUGUUGGCGGCGGUGGGAAUGAUGUCUCUUGGGGUCGAUGGCGACGUGUGGUAGAGGAGAUUUUGGAACGGAGAGGAUUGUCUGAGGAACAGAAGAGGGGUGUCUGGGGAUCAGUUGCUUUGGAUGCCUAUGGAAUAGAUAUCUAG